CUCCCGCGACCCGCCCUCCCAAAUCAUGUCUCUCUGGGUAGACCAGUACCGCCCACGCUCUCUCAGCGAGCUCCAUUACCACCAAGGACUCUCGAAGCGCCUACAAUCACUGGCUUCUUCAGGCGACUUUCCCCACAUACUCUUCUAUGGGCCGUCAGGAGCAGGGAAGAAGACCCGCAUCAGCUGCGUUCUGAAGGAGCUGUUUGGACCGGGGGCAGAGAAGUUGAAAAUCGACCAGCGAAUCUUUCUGUCUCCCUCCAAGCGCAAACUGGAGAUCAACCUCGUUCAGAGCAACUUCCACAUAGAGAUCACGCCCAGCGAAGCCGGGAACUAUGACCGAGUGGUCAUACAAGAACUGCUGAAGGAGAUCGCGCAGACGCAGCAGGUUGAUCUCAACGCGAAGCAGCGCUUCAAGGUCGUCGUCAUCAACGAAGCCGACGGCCUCUCGCGCGACGCGCAGGCCGCCCUCCGCCGCACCAUGGAAAAAUACAUGUCCAACCUGCGCAUCAUCCUCUGCGCGAACAGCACCAGCCGCCUCAUCGCCCCGAUCAAGAGCCGCUGCCUCCUCAUGCGCGUCGCGGCGCCGAACGCGGGGGAGAUGAUGAGUGUGCUGGAUUAUGUGGCGCGCAGGGUGGGCUUCGAUUUGCCGCCGGAGGCGGGGCAGCAGAUCGUGGCGGACUCGGGCGGGAAUUUGAGGAAGGCGAUUUUGGUGCUGGAGGCGUUGAAGAUGCAGUCACCCGACCUCACCGGGCCCCUCGCGAUCGCCAAACCAGACUGGGAAACAUACUGCCACAAAGUCGCGGACCUGAUCGUCGCGGAGCAGUCGCCCGCGCGCGUCAUGGAGGUCCGCGCGAAGUUCUACGAGCUGCUGAGCCACUGUAUACCGCCGACGGUCAUUUUGAAGACAGUCGCGGAACGCGUCGUCGAGCGCGUGGACGAGUCGCUGAAGGCCGAUGUCAUGCACUGGGCGGCGAUCUUUGAAAACCGCAUGCGAAUAGGCAGCAAAAAGAUUUUCCACCUAGAAGCGUGGGUCGUCAAGGUUAUGAGCUUGCAGAAGGUGAGUAUCCGAUAUAGGUCGGCGCUUGGGCAUGUUUGCGCACAAGUCGGUGGAUGGACGGACACUAACGCCUACGCCUACAGCACUUUUACUACGGGAUGGAUUUAUCGGAGUUUGACUAGGGAUUUGUUUGUACUAUAGUG